AUGGCAUCAAAUUCUUCGGCGGUGAUCAGAGCGUCAGCCCAGACCCUCACCGACCCCAAUGAGCUCAUCGGCUCCGUCGAAACCUUCAUCUUUGAUUGCGAUGGGGUUAUUUGGAAAGGGGACACUCUCAUCAGUGGCGUCCCUGAAACCCUGGAUACACUCCGCUCAAAGGGGAAAAGAUUGGUUUUUGUGACGAACAACUCGACAAAAUCCCGAAAGCAAUACGGGAAGAAAUUCGAAACUUUGGGAUUGAAUGUCAAUGAGGAAGAGAUCUUUGCCUCGUCUUUCACUGCUGCUGCUUACUUGAAGUCCAUUGACUUCCCUAAGGAUAAGAAGGUGUAUGUGAUAGGUGAGGAGGGAAUUCUCAAGGAGCUUGAACUUGCUGGAUUCCAGUAUCUUGGUGGUCCGGUAUGGUAAACUAUAAUCUUU